AUGAUGAACAUUAUAGGUAGAAGAGUACUGGGAGGAUACUCUUCUUCUUCUUCUUCUCUAUCAUCGCUGUUUGUAUCGUCGUUGUCGAUCAGAUCAUUGUCGAGUACUACUUCAUCAGCAGCGACCACACCGGCAUACAAUAAUAAUACGAUUGUUAACAAGAAUACUACUACUACUACAACUACAACAACACAUAGAGAUUUUAAAAAGAAUUGGAAACCAACAACAUAUACUAAACCAACGACUACUACUUCAGAUACAACUAAUAAUAGUGUUGCAGGACAACAACAACAACAAUCUUCCGAUACAACCAAACCACUAUCGAGUAAAGAGAAACAUAAUGCUAGACAUCAUCAACGAAUAAAGUUGAAAAGGACAGCAGCAGCUGAGAGGAAACCCCUUCAAACACCGGCAAACAACCCAUACGAAUGGGAUGACGUAAGACAUACAAAUCAUAGACACGACGACACUGGCAGUGUCUUUGCAUCACUCACAUUCCGAUGGAAAGAUGAAAUCGAACCAAAUGAACACUAUGUAGACUACAAUCCGAUCAUUGCACAGUUAAACAAAGAAUCACUAUUCAAAUAUUUGGCAUUUAGAUUUAUUAAUUCAAAUGGAUUUAAUGUUAAAAGUAUACAAGAAGAUUUAUUUAAAAAGAAACAAUUUCAAAAUCCAUAUGUUAUGUAUAGAGUUGCACAAUGGUUGGGACAUGUGAAAUUCAAUUAUAUUGCAGUGUACACCAAGAUACUAAAAUACUUGCAACGUUGUGGCAACAGUAAUUUGUUCAAAGGGACACUUGAGAUCAUCCGCAAGCAAUUCCAGUUCAACUACUCAAUCGACACACACAACACCAUCUUGGCAUUCUACAACGAGCAAGGUGAAAACAAUACGGCACGAAGAGCCACACGAAAAAUGAGACGAACUGGUAUCAAUUGCAACAUUGAGACAAUGACAGAGAUGGUUAGAACCUACUCGAACGAUAUCAUCAAGAUUGCAUCGAUUCUCAGCGAAUGUAGAGAGAAAAAAAUGCGUUACAGCUAUCAAUUCAAUGCGGCGUUGUUGAGGGCAUGGCUCACCCACCACAACCGUCUCAUUCGGACAGACACACCAGAAUCACGUGCCUCUGCGGAAAAGCACCAAUUGGUCAAGCGCGCCAUGGACCACUUUGAAGAGCUCAAGGGCAAGGGGACAGCUGCCAACUCGCCACUCAUCUAUGACAGCUUGUUGCAAUGUCUGUUUCUUAUUGGAAAGAGCGAUCCAAAGUCGGGUGCCAAGGAACACUUUGAGGCAGUGAUGGAGACGAUGCGCGAGAGAAAUGUCGAGAUGUCGGGCCCGACAGCUCGCUUCCUCAUCAUGCGUCAGCCGCUCGCGCAAGUGUCGCAGUUCUACGAGUCGCUGAUCAAGGAGCAACCGAUGCUGCAGGAUGAUGCGCAUGUCGUUGGCGCGCUGAUCCAGGCGUUCACGUUGCCACACAUUCACUCGGACUACAAGGACAUUGAAAAGCUGAUCAUGGCAAUUGACCAACGCGGCAAGUUGAGUUUGGAGAUUUGCCAAAACGUCAUUGGCGCAUCAAUGGUACGUCGAUCCAACAUCCGUCAGUGUCUGGCGUUUAUCCGUCCCUAUCUCUCGAAAUACAUCACCAAAGAGUAUUUGCGAAACAAUGAUGGCACGCUACUCCACCUCAUUCUACAGGCUGCCUGUUCUACCAAGGACCCGGCGUUUGUCAAGCUCUGGAUAACACGUUGUACCGACGAGUUUGACUUUACGCUCAAUGAAACAUCCUACUCGAUCCUGCUGCGAUUCAACCUCAUCCACGGCAAGACCGAGGAGUUUGAAGCACUGGUCGACGAGAUGAAGACCAAACAUGCCAGACUCACCUACACUGUCCUCAGCAACCUCGUCGUCUUUUACCACAUUAACAACCAAACCGCAGAAUACAACAAGUACCUCAAGAAAAUGUUGAAUCUUGAAAACUUGUCCAAGGAUCUGUUUGUAUCGUCGGUUGAGCAAAUCAUCAAGUUGUACUUGUUGCGUGAGGAUCCCGUGUCGGCUAGAUACUGGUUCGAUAGCUACGUCAAGGGCAAAAAGGCGUCCAAGGAACUCAUCUUUUACUUUAUUGCAUACUACAAGGCAAAGGCACUCAAGACACUGGAGCAAGAGUGGAUCGACAAGUUGGAGGAAAUCUACAAGGAAAAGUUUAGCGAGUUGGUCAGAUUACCAGUCUACUCCAAGAUUAUCAAUCUCAUCACCUAUGAAAACUCUGGUAUCAUUGAAUACCAAUCAAACGCCAUCAAACAAUAUCGUCGUGCUAAAAAAGAACAAGAAUUACAAUUAUUAGAAUUGGCUGAUUUGGCAAAUGAAAUUGAUUUUAAGUCAAAUGAAGAAGAUAAGGAUGAAGAUGAAGAUGAAAAUGAAGAUGAAGAUGAAGAUGAACAAGAAUAUGAAAAUGAAAUGGAAGAAAAUGAAAUUAAAGAUUUAGAUAUACUAAAUGUAAAUCAAGAUAAUACUAAUACUAUUAAUAAUAAUAUUCAACAACAUCAAUAA